AUGGGCUCUCUUUGUCUUUUUAAUGAGUUUCAGCUUGGUGCUAAGACUGGAAAGGCUUACUGCGAAAUCUUUUCUACACUCAGGGAUAUGACUAGUAUUGACUUGGUGCUUGAUUCCUGCCAGUCUUUCGAGUAUCCCGACGCAUUCACGUUGGUUGAAUCCGAUCCUCCCGCCUGUCAGGACUCUGUCGCAGAGGCAUACAUCAACCCAACCGGUGACCCGCCGAAUGCCAUGGCCAUGGCUUGCCCACUUCAUAUCGACAUGCGGGCUGGGGCUCUGCCACCGGCGAUCCCGCGGCACUUCGAGCAACGUCUGGCUACCCGUUCAGACGGAAUGGUCUUGUCGAGCCUCGAACUAGGCCAAGCGGCGGCUGCUCGCCUCCUGACGACUGGGAGAGGUGGGUCUCCCGGCAAAAGUGAUAAUUCCACCUCGCCAGACCAGAGGAACACUGGACCAGGUGCAUAUCUGACAUUUGGGCUGCUAUAG